UGGUCAUCCCGGACAUGUACCUCAACGCCGGCGGCGUGACGGUGUCUUAUUUCGAGUGGCUGAAGAAUCUCAACCACGUCAGCUACGGACGCCUGACCUUCAAAUAUGAGCGAGACUCCAACUACCACCUGCUCAUGUCCAUGCAGGAGAGUCUGGAGAGGAAGUUCGGCAAGCAGGGAGGACCCAUCCCCGUCGUGCCCACCGCCGACUUCCAGGCCAGGGUCGCUGGUGCCUCUGAGAAGGACAUCGUUCACUCUGGUCUGGCCUACACCAUGGAGAGAUCUGCCAGGCAAAUCAUGCGCACGGCCGCCAAGUACAACCUGGACCUGGACCUGCGGACGGCCGCCUACGUCAACGCCAUCGAGAAGGUUUUCAAGGUCUACAACGAGGCCGGGCUCACCUUCACAUAAGCACGCUUACUUAA